AUGGGAGAGGGCAAGAGGAAGACGGCGACGGCGGAAGAGGCGGCCGAGAACCCGCAGAAAUCCCGCCGCCUGGACACUGACGCGGCCGAGGCGCUGCUGGAUUUGAGCCAUUCGCCGCCAUCCAAAGGGGAAGCGGACGGCGACAGCACCUACGACAUCGGAUCGUGCGAGCACUUAUUCAAGGACAGCGAGGAUCUGGAUGAGAUCGCGCGUGAUCUCAGGGACGCCCACACGCCCCCGAAGUGCGAGCACUAUCCGUGCAGCACCACCUGGAGGGGAGCUGCUGGGAUGAUGGUGUGCACCGAGUGUUCCUUGACUUUCUGCACCGGGGAGAAGGGCAGCAGGGGACAUCCGCAGGGACACGCCGCCUGGCAUGCCGCCAGUGACCAGCAUUGGGUUGCUCUGUGGUGCGAUGAGCCGUCCAAGGGGUAUUGCUUCGAGUGUAGACGCAUCCUGAUGCUCGGUCAGAACAAGGCGAUCGAAGAUAAUUAUGCACUGGUGCCCAGAAAUAAAAAGGAUGAGUGGGGAAUGGUAGCCAGCAGUCCAAAGGUUGAUUCGGCAAUGUUGCCCAGAAAUGUGGAUUGGGGCAUGUUGGGCAGUAAUGUGAUGCAUCCCACGGGAAUGCUGGGCAGUAACGCGAUGGAUCCGUGGGGAAUGUUGGGAAGUAACGCGAUGGAUCGCUGGGGAACGAUGAGCAGUAAUGCAAUGGAUAAGUGUGGAAUGGUAGCCGGUGAUGAUCAUGUUGUCAGAGGGAUACCAAAUCUUGGGGAUACAUGCUACAUGAAUGCAGCACUGCAGUGCCUCCUUGCGCUUGGUAAGCUAAGGACAAUGUUUCUAAGACCGGAUGCUCGGCUGGGAGACAUUGGUCUGCACCUGAAGCAGUUGUUUGUAGCGACAAGCUGUGGGAACAAUGCCACCCAAAUGCCGGACCCAGAGAUGAUGCCGACAUAUAUGUGGUCCCUUUAUCCGGAUCGUUUCCAGCGCAAAGUGAUGGGCGACAGCCAUGAGUUCCUUGCAUCUUUAUGCGAUGCUUUGCAUAAUGAGGUGGACCAGCUAAACAAUUUGCAAGGGGAAGCACUCUUCCCUACAUUCAGCAAUUCCAUUUUCAGUUGCGAGCUGCUUGAUAUGGUUUCCUGCAAAGUUUGCUCACAUGAUGAAGUUACACAUUAUUCAUUACAUGGUAUUCAACUGGCAGCGCCAUCAAAGGACCCUCUAGCCAGAAGCAAGCCUCUGCAAGUUGAUUCUACUGAAGGGAAGGAUACUGUAAACGGUCUUCUGCAGACUCAUAAGAAUGAUGAUAUCCCAAGAGGGAUCCUUGAAGUAAAAGCUCUCGAUUUCAUUCCUAAAUUGUUUGAUGACUUCGGUGGAGUGGAGGAAUUGGUAGCAGAUUCUCACAAUCCAGAAGAGAAGGAGAAAGCUCAGAGCACUGAAACUGUUCAUGAUGUGGCAGAACAUAUGAACUCUCUUUCGUCAAUUGAGGACUGCCUGAAACUGUUUUCGCAUUGCCUGACAGAUUGUAACAACUGUUCCAAGGUUGCUGCUGAGCUGCCAGAAACCGAUGGAAGUAAAAAUGUUGAACCGAUCAUGGCAAGUAGCAAUGUAAAUACAACUGUUGAUGGAGACCAGACUGAAAUGUCAGACAUGAAAACAUGCCCAAGUGAGCGAUCUAGUGACUUUGGUAGCUUGUCGGCAGAAUGUCCAAGUAGGCAACCGUAUCUUUCAGAUUCACAUCAUCAGGUUACACUCUCUGAGGACAUAACUUCUGAAGAAGUCACUUCAGGGAAGAGCUUUGAUGAAAAGGACUUGACCUGUUGCAGCACAACCCAUGAAAAAGCUGAAAGUCAUGAAGGUGUUCAAGAAGCUGCGCUUAGUUGCCUUACAACUGAUGAACAGACUGACUUGCUGAGUGCUCAGAAUAUUCAGGAUACCAGCACUCAAAAACACAGCAGUGGAAAGCAGGUAAUGUAUGAUCAUAGUGCUCAACAAGUGGUGGAAAAACAAAAUAAGCAGACAGCAAUUCAAACACGAUUGAUUAGCAAGCUGCCACCUGUAUUAACCAUUCAACUUCAGAGACACUCACCCGGUCUUCCUAAAUUGAGUGGGCAUGUGAGCUUUAAGGAGAUUCUUCAUUUAGGACCAUUCAUGGACCCCAGUUCUGAGGACAAAGAUAACCUGAGCUAUCGUCUAGUUGGUGUCAUUGAACACAUUGGCGUCGGCGUGAACGUAGGGCAUUACAUUGCUUAUGUGAGGGCAAGUCGCAGGCAGCAGGGCAGUGGCCCUUCCUCAUGGGUUUGUGCGAACGAUUCCAUAGUCCGACAAGCCUCUCUAGAAGAAGUUCUCAGGUGUGAGGCAUACAUUCUUUUCUAUGAGAGGAUAGAUGACGGCGGCAUUGUAGAUGAUGGGCAAUGA